GGAUCCAACGACUGCCGUCGCGAGUUUAUAAAAAAAAAGAAAAAAGAAAAAGGAUAAAAUCGAAAUCUAAAAUCGAACGGUGAAGAUAAAAAGCUCACACCGUAACGCUAUAUCCAUGGCAGAAACACCGUAGCAAUAUCCUCUCUCUCUAUCUUUUGUCUUCUUUCUUCCAUUCAUUUUUUUUGUUUAAUAAUUAAUUUCCAAAAUCCGAAACUAACCGAUAACCAAACUCUCUCUUCCCUCUCUCUCUCUCUAUUGGAGGGAGUGCCGGAAUCAAAUCGGGAGUAUCACCGGAAUUUCUCACAAUUACUGUUUUGCUUCCACCAUCUUCCCCGUGCAAUAGUUUUCUUAUUCUACUUUGCUCGUUCGUUGAGGAAAGGAGAAUUUGAAAUUGAGCACCGAUUCAACUUUUUUUUUUUUUUUUUUUUGGAAUUACAUAUAAUUCUCAGCCUGCUUAUGAUGAUUGGAUAGACAGAAACAAACAAAAGGUAAAAUAUAAAAAAGAGAAGAAGAAGAAGAAGAAGAAGAAGAAUUUUCCUGCUCUCUCUCUCUCUCUCUCUCUCUACAUCUCUCUCUGCUCCUUUUUAUUGUUUUGUUUCGUCGAGAACGUGAAGCCUAGAGAAGGUUACGAGAUCCCUUAGCUGCUUUGAUUUGCUUUCUGACGGAUUCUAAUAAGAAGAAGCUGAAGCUGAAGCAGAAUUGUGCUGUACAAUGCCGUCCGAUAUAUUGGAACCAAGAGGUGUGCCGACACCUUCUCAUUUUCAUGAAGACAUUCGCAUCACUCCUGAGAAACAAUUUGGUUUUAUAAAAAACAACAUGAUGCCUGAAGGUGGUGGGGAUAGAUGUUCUAAUCUACCGACCAGUUCUUGGACAUCUGACAGUUAUCAGCUGUCACAACAAUCAAGCUUGUCUGGGGCGCUUCCUUCCUUUAUCCCUAAUGGAAGAACAACUGCAAGCGAUACUCACUGGGAGAGCAGUCUAUUUUCCAGCUCUCUGUCCGAACUUUUUAGUAGAAAAUUACGGCUACCAAGAAAUGACAAGUUAGCCUUUACGUCUGCAAGCCGUGAGGAAGAACCUUCGGAGUCUUUAGAAGAGAUGGAAGCACAGACUAUUGGGAAUCUUCUUCCAGAUGAGGACGAUCUUUUUGCUGAAGUGGUUGGUGAGGGUGUUCACAAGUCUCGUGCCAAUGGUGGAGAUGAUUUGGAUGAUUGUGACCUAUUCAGCAGUGUUGGUGGCAUGGAACUAGAUGGAGAUGUUUUUUCGUCUGCGGGUCAAAGAGACGGAAAGAGAGGCAGCAAUUUUUCGGUUUUUGGUGAGCAUCCCUGUGGAGAAACUGUUUCCAGAAUACUUUUUGUUACGAAUAUGGAUAGCAUCAUUGAAGAUUACGACCUGAAUGCCCUUUUUGAGCAAUAUGGAAAUGUUCGGGCUCUUCAUACAGCUGGCAAGAAUCGUGGCUUUAUCAUGGUAUCAUACUUUGAUAUAAGAUCUGCUCAGAAUGCGGCGAGAGCACUCCAUGGUAGACUCUUCAGGGGAAGGAAGCUUGAUAUUCGUUAUUCUAUCCCAAAGGAAAAUCCCAAAAAAGAGAACUCCAGCGAAGGAGCCUUGUGGGUAAAUAAUCUUGAUUCCUCUAUAUCCAAUGAAGAGCUUCAGAGAAUAGUCAGUCCAUAUGGAGAAAUCAGAGAGAUUCAUAGAACGGUGCAUGAUAACUCACAAAUUUACAUAGAAUUCUUUGAUGUUCGAGCUGUAAAGGCCGCACUUCAAGGACUAAAUGGACUUGAGGUCGCUGGGAGGCAGCUUAAACUUGCACCAACCUGUCCAGAGGGUACAAGUUUCUUGCCUCAAUUUGCUGCAGAUGAUGGUGAGGGGGGUGUAUCUAAAAUGGCUUUUAAUAACCUAUCAUCAGCACACAUGGGGAGACAUUUCCCAGGAAUCUUAGCUUCGACCUCCAUUGAUAAUGGGUAUAUGCGAGUGAUGCACAAUUCUGUUGGGUCACCUGUGAACUCCUUCAUUGAGCGCCAUCAGAGUCUCGAUGUUCCUAUUGGUUUGCCACCAUCGGCAAGAGUCAUCUCAGCUAGCAAGCCUGUUGGUCUUCAGGAGCCUGGAAACCAUUUUGAUAAUUCGAAAUCGGGGAUCCAAAGCAUGCCAAAUCUACAUCCUCAUUUUCCUGAUUACCUUGACAAUGUUUCAAGUGGCAAUCCAUAUAAAUCCUCUACGACAUUCUCUGAUAUGGUCAGUGAUGGGCAAAAAGCAAAUGAAGGCUUUAUGAUGAGCAGUGUUCGUGGGAUUGGCCUAGAUGGGUUUAAUGGAAAUGUCAUAGGUUCUCCCAUAAAUCAAGGAUCCCAUCGCGGUAACCUCAAUUUAUGGAGCAACUCUAACACACAGCAACAUAAUUCAUCAAGUGGCAUGAUGUGGCCUAAUUCACCAUCUCGCGUCAAUGGCAUUCCUUCUCAGCGCAUCCCACCUGUUACUGCAUUCUCUAGAGCAUCUCCUCUAAUGGUGAACAUGGCAUCAUCGCCUGUGCACCACCACAUUGGAUCUGCCCCAGUAUUAAACUCACCUUUUUGGGAUAGAAGACAGGCAUAUAUAGCUGAAUCUCCAGAAUCUUCUGGAUUUCAUGGUAGCAUGGGAUUUCCUAGCUCUUCACCCUCACAUCCAGUGGAAAUUGGUUCUCAUAAGGUUUUAUCUCAUGUUAGUGGCAAUCGCAUGGAUGCCAAUUCAAAAAAUGCUGUAUUACGAUCAUCUAGACAGAUGCCUCACCUCUUUACUGGGAGGAGCCCUAUGCUUUCAGUACCAGGCUCUUUUGAUUUGCCUAAUGAAAGAUACAGGAAUCUUUCUCACCGAAGAAGCGAAUCUAGCUCUAGUAAUGCUGAAAAGAAAUUGUAUGAGCUUGAUGUUGAUCGCAUAUUACGUGGGGAGGACAGCAGGACAACGUUGAUGAUAAAAAACAUUCCUAAUAAGUAUACUUCGAAGAUGCUUCUAGCUGCCAUUGAUGAGUACUGUAAAGGAACAUAUGAUUUCUUAUAUCUGCCAAUUGACUUCAAGAAUAAAUGCAAUGUGGGAUAUGCUUUCAUCAACCUCACCGAACCUGAAAAUAUUGUUCCGUUUUAUAAGGCAUUCAACGGUAAGAAAUGGGAAAAGUUCAACAGCGAGAAGGUGGCAUCUCUUGCAUAUGGUCGGAUUCAGGGAAAAUCAGCUCUUAUUGCCCACUUCCAGAACUCAAGUUUGAUGAAUGAAGACAAACGUUGCAGGCCUAUUCUCUUCCAGACCGCUGGGCCAAAUGCUGGUGAUCAGGAACCAUUUCCGAUGGGUUCCAACAUCCGGUCAAGACCAGGCAAGCCUCGAACUAGUAGCAUCGAGAACUACACACCCAACUUUAGCUCUGAUAACCGAGAAGAAUUUCCAAAUGGGACAGACUCGAUGUAACAAAUGAGCCAGACAGUUUUAAUGUCGUAAGCCAGACUAACCUUAGGCGUCGUCUUCUAUCAGAGGUGAAAAAAAGGAAAACCCCAAAAGAUUAACACAACAAGGUAAAAUAUAUAUAUAUAUGUCGUUGACACCCCCACAGCUCUGUAAAUCCCUUGGGGAGUGUGGUAAAUUACCUGAGAAAACUCAUUUUGCAGAGGAGAAAGUUUUUGAACUUGGUCCUUUAAACUCCUGCUUCACAAGUUUUGUUGUAUCACUAAAACCUCCCAGAGAAAUCUUGCUGGCCUUUUCUCUUUCUUUUUUUCUUUCUGAUUUUUUUUUGUUUUUGCUUUUUAAAAAAAAUUGGUGGGUUGUUGUGUGGACAAGGAUCUCUUUUCGUUGUACUUUGCAUACAAAAUGUAACAACCUCGUACGAUUGGCCAGUGUCUUGGGACCAUAAAACCCCUAAGUCUUUGGGCAAUGCCUUCUUCCUUCUUCUAUUGGUUUUGAGUGCUUCUUCA